AUGGGUGACAACAAUCAAUCCACUUUCCCUGGCAACGACCCCGCUGCUUAUCCUCCCGAUGCUGCUGCUCUGGACAAGGGCAAGGGAAAGGCAGUCGAAGAUCCUAUGGAUGUGAGCAUGGACGAGGACGAUGAUGACAGUGAAAGUGAAGCCGAGGAGCAGAUGGCCGAUGACGACGAUGAUGAGGGUGACAACCUCGAGCCCAUCUCAACCGAUAACAUCAUCAACGGUGGCAGGCGCACGCGCGGCAAGAACAUUGACUUCCAGGAAGCCGCUGAGAGAAUCAAGGAGGAUGAGAUGGACGAGGAUGACGAUGACGAUGAGGACUUUGAGCCCACCGACGACAAGAAGCACUGA